GCUCGACGGCCGUUGGCGACGAGAAGCUUCGCGGACGAGGGGCGGACGCUCGGGAGCGGUUUCCGGGUUUCCCUUCCUGGGCUGGGACGGCGGCGAGAGUCCAAAAAAAAAAAAGCUCCUGUUGAUUAAGAACAAUUCCGCUGAGGUGUUUUUACCAGUAAGCUCGUCAGACGUCCAGUAAACAGUAACGAUGUCUGAGAAAGGGAAAUUCCCAGAUGCGACAGGUUAUGUAGGUUUUGCCAACCUUCCAAACCAAGUUCACAGAAAAUCUGUGAAGAAAGGCUUUGAAUUUACCCUAAUGGUUGUAGGGGAGUCUGGUUUGGGCAAAUCGACACUUAUAAACAGCCUGUUUCUCACUGAUCUCUACCCUGAACGCUACAUCCCCGGUGCCGCAGAGAAGAUUGAGAGGACGGUGCAGAUUGAAGCAUCGACCGUUGAGAUUGAGGAGAGGGGAGUGAAGCUUCGUCUCACUGUGGUCGACACCCCUGGAUACGGCGACGCCAUCAACAGCCAGGACUGCUUCAAGACCAUCAUCCAGUACAUUGACAAUCAGUUUGAACGGUACCUCCAUGACGAGAGCGGACUGAACCGAAGACACAUUGUGGAUAACAGGGUGCACUGCUGCUUCUACUUCAUAUCUCCAUUUGGACACGGUCUAAAGCCGCUGGAUGUGGAGUUCAUGAAGGCCAUCCACAGCAAAGUCAACAUCGUUCCAGUCAUCGCCAAGGCUGACACACUGACACUGAGGGAGAGGGAUCGCCUGAAGAGGAGGAUCCUGGAUGAGAUCGCCGAGCACGGGAUCAGAAUCUAUCAGCUGCCUGACGCAGACUCCGACGAGGACGAGGAGUUCAAGGAGCAGACAAGAGUCCUGAAGGCGAGCAUUCCCUUUGCUGUGAUCGGCUCCAAUCAGCUGAUUGAGGUGAAGGGGAAGAAGAUCCGUGGUCGUCUCUAUCCCUGGGGAGUGGUUGAAGUGGAGAACCCUGAGCACAAUGACUUCCUCAAACUACGCACCAUGCUUGUGACCCACAUGCAAGACCUGCAGGAGGUGACUCAGGAUCUGCACUACGAGAACUUCCGCUCCGAGAGGCUGAAGAGAACGGGCAGGGCUGCGGAUGAGGAGGUGAUGGAUAAGGACCAGAUCCUGCUACAGAAAGAGGCCGAGCUGAGACGCAUGCAGGAGAUGAUCACUCAGAUGCAGGCGCAGAUGAAGAUGAAAUCUGACGAGUGAAAAGUUCGAAAGGAGCAGAGAAGAAAGCACAGUGAUCUUAAUAAGCACACACACACACACACACACACACACACACACACACACACACACACACACACACACACACACACACACACACACACACACACACACACACACACAGUCCUCCUCUGAAUCCGUCACUGCCUGUGGCCCCCUGCAGACCCACCAGGAGCCCAGGAUCACAUCAUCUUCAUCUGCACACCCAAUCAUCAUCAUCAUCUUCCCUCCAAACAUCCAUCAGGUGUUCACAAGUUCACCGUAUUUUUUUCUAUUUUUAAUUUGUUUUCAAAACCUCAAGACUCACUUUUCAAAAGUACGACCUCAAUAAUAUUUGAUUACUUGACAACAUUGACAUUUAUUCAUCAUUUAGUUGUUGACCUUAAUCGUGAUCCACAGAGCUGCCAGUGACAACGGUAUGAAGAGAGGAGACUGUUUACAAACAAAUAUGCAAUAAUCCUGCAUUUUGUUUAAGUCGAAGUCUCAGUUGACACAUUUUCCAAGUAUUUUGCUUUCAUUAUAAGUCUAUUUUGAACAUUUUUUAACUUAAAAGUGAAAAACAGUUUACUUAUCAUGCUUUUUAUUGGAUUGUGAGUCUUUGAGAAUCCAUCUUUGAACGGUUUCAAACUGUCAGAACGUGUUGGCUUCAGUCUCAUCACGCGAAGCCUUUUAAAUAUCACCACAGUGAAAUGUAAGCGUGGUUGUGAACGAGGUAAACUGUCCAUGUUUAGAACGAGGAAUCCUCUAGUGUCCGGGUUUCUGGGCAAAAUAUUUGCAUGUAGUUGCCUUAGAUUGGAAACCUUUAUUUUUUUUAGAGACAUUCAAUUUGAGGUGAAUGUUUGUCUUUUAGUUUGAAAAGCUGUUAAACAAAUUUACACUCCGUGACACAGAGAAACCACCAUUCUGUAGGAUCAUGCAUAAUUAAAUUAAAGUGCCAUGUUGUUAAUAUUUUUUUUAUUUAUCAUCAACGAUCUUAACGUCGGUGCCAAACCACAGACUUAAAACUAAUCAAACAAGUCCAGUGGUUUAUUGUGUAUUUGGUUUAGUAACAUUUGUACACUACAUGUGCAGUUCUUAAUAAUACUGUGUGUAGCUUCUCCCAUUUAAAUAUCCACUACUAUAAUAUUUAACUGCUAUUCGUGUAGACUCCCUCCAGCCUUCUGACUGUUCUCCAGCGGUGCCAUCAAACCGUCGUGGACGUUCCAUCAGCAUUAUUUUGUUUCUGUAUUUUGCUCUCAUGCAUAUUUGUCUGUUGUACUCACGUAGAAAACACAAUUAUUAUUUCUUAAUCAAAUGUCAGUAAAGUCUUGUUUUUUUAAAUGUCAACAUUUUUUACAUUUCUCUCUGCAAUAAAAAUGUGUUUAGAGAAAAAAAGCUUCAGGUACUGUCAGUUAAUUUGUUUUUAUCAGGUUCGUCUGAUAGAAAGAAAACAAAGUUCACAUCUUUCUUGCUGAAAUCUUCCUUGUUGUCCUCUUCAAAGAAUCUAAAUAUUAGAGUUUAGCAGAUAUUAUUUGUUUUUUAUUAAUAAAUUCCAUGUUUAAUGUACAAUAGAAAAUGGACCAGUAUCUUCAGUGCAAUAAAUGGCACAUAGUGACUUGUGGUUUAUUUAC